CAGUCAGUGAUCGCAAUAGAAUAGAAGAGAGUUCGAACUACAGCUCCCGGCAUGCUCCGCGCGGACGGUUAGGGGACGCUGGUAACUGGGCGACAGUUUGAAUCUUUCUGACUUGGAGAGAGGAGAGAGGAGAGAGGAGAGAGGAGAGAGGUAGUUCUGCAUUCAUUGCUGUAUAUUGUACCUUCGAAACAAGCAUGAACUGGGACACCAAGCUGGAUGGUAUUCUGAAUGCAACAGACAUCAAUAUGGCUAGAAUCAAGGAGCGCUUGUACGCCCGAGGGGAACUUACCAGAGCUGAUGUCCAGUUUGAUCUGCCACAAGAAAAGACCCCUCUUUAUGAAGAGCCUCCCUCUAAACCUUCUUCACCAUAUGUUUCAUACACAAAUGGCUUUAGCCGAGUAUCCCCGUCUGAGGACAGGGUGACCGUGAGCAGCCAGCUUCUAUCGCAGGCUAAGAUGAUCUCCUCCUUACAUCAGGCAAUAGGCAGGCUGGAGCGAGACCGUGACCACCAGGAGCAGAGAAUCCAGGGCCUGGAAGAUGAAGUACGCCAUCUGCGAGGGGCACAGGUUGACCCACAUGGGGCUGAUUUGGAGAGAAAGAUGGAGAGACUAAAACAAGAGCUGUCCAAUGAAUUACGCCACCUGCAAGAGAGAGGACGGGACUCUCCAACAAGAGACACGAGUUCUGCGCUGCGUUCUACGGCCAGUAUCCUACAGGAAGUAAAUGAGAACAAAAGAAUCCUUUGGAAGGAGUAUGAGAGUCUGCGCAGAGACAUGGACUAUCUCCACCAACGUCUCCGUCGUCAGGAGGAUGAUUUGCUGCGCCAGUUGUCAGAAAGUCAGGAUGUGAAGAGAGCUCAGGAAAGGAAUGCUAAGAUGCUGGAGGGAGUCAUAAGCAGCCAGCAGACUCACACAAUGGAUCUAAACCGAACAAGGAUGGACACACAAGGAGUGCAGAGAGACCUGCUGCAGAUCAGGUCAUCGAUCAGUGAGUUAAAGGAAGAUAUGCAAAUUCUAGAGGGAAAGGUGUACAGACAUUCUGCCAGCAGCGGCCGAGGUGGAAAGGCCGGGACGCGGAAGAAGAAAUCUGUAAAAUCUCAGUGUCCUUCUUCUUCUUCUUCUGAGGAGGAGGAUUCAUCAUCUCAGGUCAGCCUGGCAGACAUUAGCUCAGAGGACACGUCGUACAGUCUGGGAAUCCCACCUGCGUCACGUGGUUCUAAUGAAAAGUCGAGUACUAGCCGCGGGGUCGGCAGCAGAGACAAGACAACUAGUAUCCCGAAUGGGGAUGGCCUUAGCGAUGACCUUGAUGGCCUCUCUGACAGCCCUCCCGAACUCAAUUUCAGUGACCUCUGACCUUUCUGUGAUGUCACCGUACUGGGACACUUAUCGUUUGAAUAUUUACUUACCCAGCAGACUACAAUGAGUAGCAUCUUCCAGGCGCAAUGCAAACCAAAGACUGUACAUUGUAUUUCAUUAUCGGAUGUACUGUUACAGCAACAAUCAACCAGAACAGGACUUUUUUUUUUAUGUUAUCAAGAAAAAAAAGAUUUUUAUACAUUGAUUUUAUUUAAUGACUAGGACUGGAUGAGCAGCACAUUGACAGACCUGAAGCAUCAAAGUAGCCGUCUGCUUUCAUUCUGUAGCUGAGUGUGGCUUAAAUGGCUUAUAAAAAGUGCAGAUCUAAUUAUGGCCAUGUCCACAUCGGGUAAAGACUGAAUCACUGUGCUCACAUUUGCACCAAUUGUAUUGAACCAUCGUCGCUCGUUCUCCCACAAUGUGUUUUCAGUCCGCUGUCUAGGACUGUCUGCCGCUGCUAUGUAUGAGAUAUAAGAACAUGUUCUCCUUUUAUAUAUAAUUCCAUAAAUACAUUUUUUUAUAUUUAGUCCAAAUGUGAUUUGAAGUUUUUUUUCAUUUGUGCAUUUAGAUCAUAUUGUGCCAAACUGCCUCCACUCUAAACAGAAAAUACUCUAUGUGGAUCAUAAUCAUUAUUAAAGAAAACCUCCAGGCACC